GAUAAAAAGAAAACAAAGGAACUCUUACUAAACGCCUUUCUUUUGUUACAGAUAAAAAUCACACCAAUGUGAAAGGGAACAAAGAUGGACCUUAAAUAUCUGAUCCUAAUGAUCGCGUUCGCGACUGUUGAAAUAAACGUUACUGAGAGUCGGCAAAAUGACAAAAGGCGUUGGAAAAACGACAAAAGCUACUCGCACUACGUCAACAUUUGCGAUAUUCAAGAUAGAGUGUCUAAAGUACACUGCUACUGCGAGAGUAUAAAGAUAAAAACCGCCACAAAAGCCGAUUGCUGGGUUUUCAACGGGGGCAUAGCCGAAGACGAUCCGUUUUGGUCAAAUUUUUAUUCGCAACCUAAAAUAGAAAAGUUGACAUUCAACGUGCGCGCUGACGGUGGUUUGACAUACAUUCCAGCAAAAGUUAUUGUUCGCCUUGAACAUCUACAGUACCUUAAUAUUCAGUACGCGAAUAUUUUUAGUAUACCGUCGUUUGCAUUCACCAAUUCUACUACACUCAGAGAAAUAACUUUACCGAAGAACAAAAUAACGAAGCUUGAAAAGAUGGCGUUUGCUCAUCUGAUAAUGUUGUCAAACGUCAGCUUAGUAGAAAAUCAGAUAUCCGAAUUAAAUACCGAUGUAUUUUAUGUCCUCCCAAAUUUACAAAGGUUGUAUUUGUCAAAGAACACAAUAACAGUUUUGCACGACGGCUGUUUCAAGCACCUGAGCAAUUUGAUAAGAUUAGAUCUCGACAACAAUCUGCUGACUGUUGUCGUUAAAGAGAACUUCCAGGGGCUGUCUAAUUUGAUUACGCUAGAUAUGCGAAACAACAAAUUAGAUAUGAUAGGGGACUUGGCGUUCGCGGAACUUUGGAGUCUUCAAGAACUUUAUCUGGACGGUAAUGAAAUAGAAUAUAUAUCAGAACGGGCUUUUGGAGGGCUCAACCAGUUGAGGAAACUUUCUUUGGUCGAUAAUAAGUUGGCAUCACUCGAUGACGGUGUACUGAAUGAUAAUGUCAAGUUAAAUUUUUUGGAUUUGAGAAAUAAUAAUUUGGAAACAUUGCGAAUGGAGACGGUUCAAGAUGUUUUGGAAAACAUGAUGAUGAAUUACGCUUUAAUCUCCCUCGAUGGUAACAGGCUAAACUGCGACUGUCGUUUGUCCUGGCUACAUAAGCUGAAAAAUGAAACGAAAAGCAAACGGAUUAAGGCGUCACUGAAUCGACUAGUCUGCAUCAUGGAUAAUAAGUAUAAAAACAAUAUCGGUCUCAAAAUCGAAAGGACGGAACCACCACAGAAAAUCAACAAACUUUUGCAAAGAAAGGAUUACGAAAAUGAUGACGAUCUUGAUGAGGACAAAUCUUAUGAUGACACUAUGCAAGACCAGGAAACGGAUCCGGACUUUUCAAAAAUAGAAUACCGCAGGCGACUAUUGGAAAUACCUUCUGAAAUGCUCCCGUGUCCUUAUAGACUUAGUGGUGAGCCAUCUUACUCACCUCCGACACAAGACGAAGUCAAAUACUACAAGACGUCUCUAAGUUCAACGUUAAGAUGUUUCAGUUGGUUAAUUUUAGUAACCACAGCGAUAGUUUUGUAGCAACUGACACAAUAUUAUAGCAUAUAAGUAAGACAUGAUGUAUUCUGCUCCAUUUAAUAUUAAUUUCCUAUGAUAUUUCUUUGAUUAAAAGAGUGUGUUUCUUUUUGUAUUCAUAAUAAAUUAUUUUCUGCAUGAAAAUACAUUUUAUAUAUUUUAUUCGCUUCAAUUUUAAAGUCGUUUAAAUUAGUACAUAUAAAUCUUCUAGUUAUAAGGUAUCUUUAAUGUUUUGGACCCAACUUCAGCGUAAUGUAAAUAUAUGUGUUGUUAGUAAAAUGUAAAUAUUUUUUUCGUAAGUUAUUAUUAAGAAUACAGAUGGACAAAUGUAAUCUGUAUAACGAUUAUUUAUUGCUCUUUAUUCAGGUUGUAUAC